AUCGAAUCUAAUUGUGCAAACAAUCAAUCUUCGGAGCAGAAACGCUUGAAUAAGCACACACACAAAUACAGAAAACGCCACCUAUACAGCAGCUGUUGCUCACGUAUUCAGCCUGUUCCGUUUUUCAGUUUUUCUGCAGUUUUUUUUCCCUUAUUCUUUCAAUUCUGGAUCGAUCAAAACUCAUAAUACUCCGUCUGGUGAAUAUUGAAUAUUCCUACAUCCAUCAUUUUUUCACGAAAAACAAAAACUUUUUGCAGCCCAACAAUUCAUAGACACCGUAGUUGAGAGAACUACUGGUAUAUUUAUAUUGGAUUGAGAGAGUAAAAGAUAUUCAAAGAUUUUGAAAGAUACUUAGUCAAAUAAUUAUUCCGUACAAUUAUCGCUAAUAUUAUUCCUUUUAUCAUGAACGGUUCCACAACUUUGGCCAAUGGAUCCAAAGAUAGCUAUCCCUACCAGCAGAGCAGCUCUCUCCAGAAUAAUACUAUAGAACCUGUGAUAGAGAUCCCUACCACCAAGGAGCAGUUGACUGAAUUACUCGAAAGAUACUACAAGUUGUUGAGAACUGGCCAGCAAUUAAAGCGUGAAUAUGAUGAACAACCCCCACCAUUUUUUGAUGCCACUGAAAAGGAAAGAAUUCUUAUAGAAAAGGUUUUGGCUACGAUUUCCGACAAGCAGCAGCAGUUUCUAGACGAAGAGGCCCAAUUUUAUGAGGAAAUCUUGCAAGAAUCCUCCACUAAAAUUGAAUCACAGCUUGAUAAAGACAUUUUCGAAAAGCAGAUAGCCAGUUUGCAACUCUUGUCGAAAGAUAUAGACUUGCCUGAAACCAUACAGAGUGAAUUAGCUAGCUCAGUAGUUGACGUUAAGGAAGAUGCUGUUAGCUUGGACAGUAUCUUGAAACUGUUAUCGACGUACAGUCAAGAUUUUCAAGAGAGAGCAAAGAGAUUAGGAAUAAAGAUACCGGUUCCCUCUACUUCUGUGGAUCCCUUGCAAGCUCCUUUGGGCAACUACUACACAGAAAAAAUUAUCACAAGCAAGAUCGCCAAUCGUUUGAGGGAGUUGGAGAAUUUGCCAGGCAACUUGGGGACAUUUGGAGACGAUGUUGAAAUAGACGAUUUAAAAAUCAAAACACUCAUAGAAUUGAAAUCGUUGCGAUUGUUGCCAAAGCAGAAGCAAUUGAAACAUAACAUCAUAGCCAGUGAAGCCAGUCAAGCCAAAUUUACUCUUCCAGACUUAGUCAACAACCCCUUGUGUUUGCAAGAAAAGAGAUCCUUCAAUGUAAGACCCAAGAUUGAGCAACCCAAUCCACACUUGCUAGCCACGCAAUUAGAAGAAUUGAAGCAGCAAGAAGAGCGCGAGUUUCAACGUCAAUUGCAUAUUGCAAAGAUUCAGCAAGUAUUGGAUAGUUCAUCCUUGUACAGCACAGCAAAGUCUUCACGUUACAAUUAUAGGUCCAACAUCUUGGUGAAACAAAUCAACAAUUUCCAUCAGAAUACCGAAAAGGAAGAGUCCAAGAAGUUGGAAAAAACCGCCAAGCAGAGAUUGCAAGCAUUGAAGGCUAACGAUGAAGAAGCCUAUAUCAAAUUGUUAGACCAAACCAAGGAUCACAGAAUCACACACCUUUUGAAGCAAACCAACCAAUUUUUGGAUACAUUAGCACAACAAGUUAAAGCACAACAGGCAGAAACCUUCAUUGAAGAUGUUCCAAUUGAAGAAGUCAAUGGAGAAGAGAUUGAAGAAGAUACAGUCGACGAGUUACGUGAGAAGAUUGACUACUACCAAGUUGCUCACCGUAUCAAGGAAGAGAUUUCUGAGCAACCAGGUAUUCUUAUUGGUGGUAAGUUGAAGGAGUAUCAGUUGAAGGGUUUGCAAUGGAUGGUUUCGCUUUACAAUAAUAAGUUAAAUGGUAUUUUAGCAGAUGAAAUGGGUUUGGGUAAAACUAUUCAAUCUAUUUCUUUGGUUACCUACUUGAUCGAAAAGAAGCACGAGGACAAGUUCUUGGUUAUUGUACCUCUUUCUACAAUCACCAAUUGGACGUUGGAGUUUGAAAAGUGGGCUCCUUCUGUCAGAGUCAUAGUCUAUAAGGGUUCUCCACAGCAAAGAAGAUCCAUGCAGAUGGAUAUCAGAAUGGGUAAUUUCCAAGUUAUGUUAACUACCUAUGAAUACAUUAUCCGUGAAAGACCAUUGUUAGCCAAAUUUCACUACUCACACAUGAUUAUUGAUGAAGGACACAGAAUGAAGAAUGCUUCGUCUAAGUUGUCUAUUACAUUAAAGCAAUACUAUAAGACCAAGAACAGAUUGAUCUUAACUGGUACUCCAUUACAAAAUAAUUUACCCGAAUUAUGGGCUCUUUUAAAUUUCGUUUUACCACGUAUUUUCAACUCUGUCAAGUCUUUUGACGAAUGGUUCAAUACUCCAUUCGCCAAUACGGGUGCUCAAGAGAAGAUCGAAUUGACCGAAGAAGAGUCCUUGUUAGUCAUCAGAAGAUUGCACAAGGUCUUGAGACCUUUCCUCUUGAGACGUUUGAAGAAAGACGUCGAGAAAGAUUUGCCAGACAAGGUAGAGAAGGUGUUGAAGUGUAAUUUGUCAGGUUUGCAAUAUGUCUUGUAUCAGCAGAUGUUGAAGCACAACGCUUUCUUUGUGGGUGCCGACGCUGGUGGAGCCAAGUCGGGUAUUAAAGGUUUGAACAACAAGAUCAUGCAGUUGAGGAAGAUCUGUAACCAUCCUUUUGUAUUUGAAGAAGUCGAAGCUGUAUUAAAUUCUUCCAAAUUAACUAACGACUUGAUUUGGCGAACCAGUGGUAAGUUUGAACUAUUGGACAGAGUUUUGCCCAAGUUCAAGGCUAGUGGACACCGUGUCUUGAUGUUCUUCCAGAUGACUCAAGUCAUGGACAUCAUGGAAGAUUUCUUGAGAUGGCGUGACAUGAAGUACUUGAGACUUGACGGUAGUACGAAGGCUGAAGACAGACAGGAGAUGUUGAAGGUUUUCAAUGCACCAAACUCAGACUACUUCUGUUUCCUUUUGUCUACUAGAGCUGGUGGUUUAGGUUUAAAUUUGCAGACAGCUGAUACAGUAAUCAUUUUCGAUACCGAUUGGAAUCCUCAUCAAGAUUUGCAAGCUCAAGACAGAGCCCAUAGAAUUGGACAGAAGAACGAAGUGAGAAUCUUAAGAUUGAUCACCAACGAUUCUGUAGAAGAAGUCAUCUUGGAAAGAGCUCACCAGAAGUUAGACAUCGACGGUAAGGUUAUCCAAGCUGGUAAAUUUGACAAUAAGUCGACUGCUGAGGAACAGGAAGAGUUCUUGAAGAGAUUGUUGGAAGCCGAAGCUAAUGGAGACGAAAAUGAAGAGAACGAUUCUUUGGACGAUGACGAAUUGAACGAGAUAUUGGCUCGUUCUGAAGACGAAAAGGUUCUAUUCGCUGAGAUUGACGGUCAAAGAAAGAAAGAUAUCGAGAGUCACUUCAAGUCCAGAUUGAUAGAGCGGGACGAGCUUCCUACUGUUUUUACGGAGGAUAUUUCUCGUCACUUCGAGAAGGAUACCAAGGAGCUCAGUCGUAUGAGAGAGAAGAAGAGAGUCAAGUAUGACGAUGGGUUAACCGAAGAACAGUGGCUCAUGGCCAUGGACGAUGACAAUGAUACUGUAGAAGAUGCCAUCAGAAGAAAAGAAGAGAGAAUGGCAAGAAGAAGAAGAAAGGCAGCCAAAGAUGGAGAUCUUUCUGAAGACGACGAAGAAGAUUUAGAGGAUGAUGAAGACGGUUCAGAUGGCCGUAGAAAGAGACAGCGUCGUUCCAGAACUCCGCAAACUUAUCGCGACGAAGAUAUAUAUGGCGAAGAAGAUGAAAUUGCUGAUCCUGAUGAAAAGGAAGCAGACGAACUCACUGUAAAAUGUACAGCUGUCAUCGAUGAAAUCAUGCAAUUGACAGCUGAAGAUGGCCACAGAACGUCCGACAUCUUCCUCAAAUUGCCAUCGAGAAAGUUGUAUCUGGAUUACUACCAGAUCAUCAAGCGCCCAGUGUCCAUCAACCAGGUGAUCAAGCACUUACAACAGGAGAAGUUCGACACCUUCGAAGCAUUCAUCGCUGAGUUGAGGUUGAUGUGUGAAAAUGCAAAGAUAUACAACGAAGAAAGUUCGUUUGUCUAUGCUGACGCUGCGCAGAUCGAGGAAGUGCUUGACCGUGUUUCGUAAUACAUUUAAAAACAUCACAUAAUUGUACCAUAUUGCUAAUAACAUAAUAACACUAUAUAUCUAUAUAGUAUUUAUUAAAUGCUGUACU